CGCAAGUCUCUCAAGCAUCGCCUGGUUCGAUCACCUCACUCUUCCACCACCGACCUUGUCAAUAAGUUAGCUCUUCAUCUUUUCGAAGAAACCAACCCUCCAAACGUCAAAAUGAAGUUCUCUGCUAUCCUUACCGGCUCCCUCUUCGCCACUGCCGCUCUGGCUGCUCCUCUCACUGAGAAGCGCCGUGCUCGCAAGGAGGCCCGCGCCGCUGCCAAGCGCCACAGCAACCCUCCCUACAUCCCCGGUUCCGACAAGGAGAUCCUCAAGCUGAACGGCACCUCUAACGAGGAGUACAGCUCCAACUGGGCUGGUGCCGUUCUGAUCGGCGAUGACUACACCAAGGUCACUGGCGAGUUCACUGUCCCCAGUGUCUCUGCUGGCUCUAGCGGCUACGGUGGUGGCUACGGUGGUGGCUACGGUGGUGGCUACGGUGGUGGCUACGGUGGUGGCUACGGUGGUGGCUACGGUGGUGGCUACGGCUACUGGAAGAACAAGAGACAGUCCGAGGAGUACUGUGCCUCCGCUUGGGUUGGUAUCGACGGUGACACUUGCGAGACCGCUAUUCUCCAGACUGGUGUCGACUUCUGCUACGAGGAUGGCCAGACUUCCUACGAGGCCUGGUACGAGUGGUACCCCGACUACGCCUACGACUUUGACAGCCUCUCCAUCUCCGAGGGUGACCAGAUCAAGGUCACUGUCGAGGCCACCAGCAAGAGCAGCGGUAGCGCCACCGUUGAGAACCUGACCACUGGUCAGUCCGUCAGCCACACCUUCAGCGGCAACGUCGAGGGUGACCUUUGCGAGACCAACGCCGAGUGGAUUGUUGAGGACUUCGAGUCUGGUGACUCCCUUGUUGCUUUCGCUGACUUCGGCUCCGUUACCUUCACCAACGCUGAGGCCACCAGCGACGGCUCCACUGUCGGUCCCUCUGACGCCACCAUCAUGGACAUCGAGCAGGACGGCACCGUCCUCACCGAGACCUCCGUCUCUGGCGACAGCGUCACUGUCAAGUACGUCUAAAAACAUCUCUAGCAUGAGAUAUCGGUCGCUUCAAUAUCUUUGUCUCGACGACAAACCCUGGGGAUGAAUGAAAAAUGAGUGAUGAGCUAUCCGGAUUGAUCUUAUCUUGUUGAGUUGUUAAUUCGGCUUCUAUUGAUGAUUUUGAGUGAUUGUACCUACUUUGAGUGGAAGAAAUAAAUGCGC